GCUGAGGCGGCUGUUUGGGAGCCGAGCGACUGUUGAAGGAGCGGCGAAGAAAGCGGGUGAAGAAAUAGCGGGACGCCGCCGCGCAGAAGGGGGCGGCAACCGCAGCGGGGCAGCAGAUUUAGCGUAAACUGCUUAGAGCAGCUAUGACACCUGCUCUCCGAGAGAAAGUCAUGAAAGGUCAUGGUCUCUGUUUCUCCUCUUCCUUGCCUUCUGAAGCUAUGGAGUCCAGCGAAACGUUGGGCCUGGGAAAUGCCAAAACCAUCAAAGAGAAGACAAAGGAGGAUUCUGUGACACAGAUAACAUACUCCGUGUUGGGGUUUCCCACCCAACCAUCCCAUCUCCAAAGCAAUCUCUUUAAUUUAAAGUACUUUGGCUCGCAGUCUUCCAAACAUUAUCCCGUAUUAACAAACCCCGCUUCUUCUUUCAGUGUAUACCAUAAACAUUGUAUGCAGAGGAGCUUGGAAGAGCAAAAUUGUUCCAAGACAAGGAAUCCUUUGGGUAACAGCACUAAUGCACACUUCAAUCAGAUUAUUAAUCCAGCAUCUAGAGAGCAGGUCGAAGGGGAGAAUUUAUUAGCAGUGACCACACACAGCUCUUCAGGAAUGGGGAAGCCACUGGAGCCACGUAUAAUUGAAUCCAGUAGUGUAGAAGAAAAGCAGCUCUCUAACUGUAAAUGGCAUUGGAAGAAUGGCUUUUUAAGCAAGUCUUUAUUUGUCACUGCUGAGAAGAAAGAAGGAAACGUGUUCCACCAAGCUCAUCACAACGCCCCGGAAAGAAAAACGGGCUGCAAUCCCAGCAGUAAAGAGCAGGAGUUGAAUUUUCGAUUAUGCCAAUGUGUCAACAAGCAACAGGCCUUGCUAAGCCGGGCCAAAAGGGCUCAGAAACAUUUGCAGAUACUCUUGGCAAAGCAUGUCGUCAAGCACUACAACCAGCAGAUCCAAUAUUUUGUGAAGCAUCAGCUGCAGAGAAUGAAAACGUUUCACAAUCCCAGCAGAAUGUCGGGCGGCAGUUGUCUAAGAUAUGCCGAAAUCUGCCCAGAAAACAUUAAUCUUGAGGCGAGGGUGAAUAAACAUCUGCAGCGUGAUUUCACCGUUGCCCGGGGGGAAGUCCAGUUAUUUGCUCGCUCUGCGACUGGGUUACUGUCUCACGUGGAAAAGAGUUUGGAUUCUGACGCUACUUGCAGCAGCUCCAGUGAAGACGAGGAGGAGGAAAUUUCCAGAAGAGUUGUGGCGCUUAAUUAUAGAUCUGACUGGCAAUGGCUGGUGGACAGAGCUAAAAUUGGCUGCCGCUGGACAUGGCUUCAAGCUCAGAUUUCGGAGAUGGAGUACAAAAUCCAACAGCUCACGGACCUUCACAGACAGAUCCAUGCCACCAAGGGAAUGGUGAUCUUGGAAGAAAUGCCAACUCCAAAAGACAUCCCGAAGAAACCGACACAAUUGACAGGCGGAGAAGCGUUGGUUCACACCGCAGGGCAUUCUCAAGCCCAUCUCGAAAGGCAGGGCGCCUGGCCAGAAAACGAUUUUGAAAUAUCACCAAGCAGUCCGACUCUGCUUCUCCGAAACAUAGAGAAACAGAGUGCUCAGCUGAGCGAAAUAAUCAGCAGUCUGAUGGCUCCGUUCAGCCUUUCUCCCACAUCCUCUCCUCUGUCCUCAAAGGCCUGUAAACAGAAGGACACGGUCAAUGGCAUCUCUCUCAGAGGCGCAGAGACGAGCGAGGACCUUUCCUCUUCCAGCAGUUGGCUGCUCGACCAGCAGCACCUGAAGAGGAAAAGGAAAGACAAGCCAAGGCCGAAAGCUUCCUCCGUUUCGGCGGGGAGCACGUCCGCUCGCACCAGGCCGGCUCAGAGUUUCCAGAGGAGAAAACUGUACAAAAUGAAGACUGCAUUUGAUUUGGAUCAGCAGGCUGCGACACUGAGAGACGCCUUGCUUCAUUCUAACACAGAGAAGGUUGCUCCAGCCGGCACUUGUUAUAGCUAUGAGCAGUGCAGAAGACAGCUUCUGUUAGAACUUGACUCCUCGUUCCAUCCCAUCUUAUCAUUUCCAUCAGAUACUCCUUUUCAUGUACACUUGAAAACGUUGCUUCGGAAAAGUGACAUCAGAAAUGACCCUUUUGAAACUUCUGCCCUUGGCUUGGAGUUUGAAAUGUCUCCAUCUAAUGAACGUCGCCAGUACCAGGCUUCUGCGCAGCAGUGGAGCUGUGGCCACCAGUCCGGUUCCAACCAUCGGCUUUUGUGCGAAAUGCCUGUGCCGCUACCAGAAGGAAGAAAGAAAAGACAUUUAAGCGAGACAGCAAUUGUGGCAGGAGAGAACAACAACAGAUUUGAAGCCUUUUCCUUCCAACAAGAAGAACAGGAACCCCAUAACCAUUUUCCAGGAGCUGCCAAUGGCAACCUGUCUAGAGCUAGUGACAAUGCAUCAUCACAGCUCAAUGCAAGGCGGAGGCUGAGAAGUGAGAGCUCCUACGACAUCGAUAACUUCGUGAUCCCGAUGUCGCUGGUUGCGCCAUCGAAACUGGAGAAGUUGCAGUAUAAAGAGAUUCUCACUCCGAGCUGGAGAACAGUUAGUUUUGUGCCUUUGGGAAGUCUCCAUGAAGGUGAAGAAAAGGUGGAAGAUCUGUCUGACGAAGCCUAUUCUUCACGGCAUGCAAAGUACGAAGAGAAGGAGAGGGCUCGGUGGUCGCUCUGGGAACAGUGCCAGUGGCCCAAAAGAAACAGAACAUACAGCAGAAAUUCCGAGGGAUACGAUACAUCGCUGAAGCACGACAACUCUGAUCUUGCGUACCAUUUUGGCGAAAAUACCGCUGAUACUUCAGAAUCCGACAGUUCUGUCUACUGGAGCGUACCACGUUCAUUAGAACAAAGCCAAGAAUCUGAUUCGUGGGAAUGUCGCAUUUUUCCGCUCAAGGAAAAAGAAGCAGAAGCGUUAAUAGGCCAGGAGCAGCUGCCAGCACAACUAGAAAGUUUAGCUGCGCCUCCCUGCAGUGGCUCGGACUGUGCUUCGCCCGCUGCCUUCUGUUUGCCAAACCACGAGGCAGUCCACAAGAAGAGGUCUGCCGAAGAGCUGGCGGAUUGCAACCAAGUUGUCUCGGGAAUCGGCGGCACGAGGAAGCAGAGGUGACAGAAAAGGAAGCGGCCAAUGAAGGAGCCCGUUUGGGUGAAGGAUGCGCAAGGUGGAAUGAGAUCACAAAGGCAAUUUCUUUCAUCCUGAGCUCCAAGGAAAAAAAACUUCCCCGUCUGGAAAUCUAACUUCCCGUGCUUCAGAAAGGGAUGAUCUUAAAACGACAUCAUCCACGUACUGCAGCAUCUUAAACUAGUUGUGUCAGAUAUUCAAACACAUGUACAGGGUAACGGAAUAUGCUUUUUAAACCUAGCAAAGCAACAAUUUCAACUAGUCUCAGAAAAGCUACCUGGCGCUGUGGCAGGGGUGUUCGUAGGCCUUUUAACCCGGUGAGGAAUCAGUCUCUGCAUAUUUGAAACGUGCUGUAGUUAUUGAGUUCUCCCACUCAGGGAAACCUAAACAUUUCACACGACGACGCAGGAAAUCGAUUUAAAUGUUCAUUGUUCUUUUUUUCACAAUGGAAAGGACCGGGAAAUCCAAAUCCUACGCUGCUGGGGCCACUCUCUGAAAAUAUAUUUUAAAUUUAAAAUAUUUUGAUCGCUCACCUUCAACUACAAGUUAUUGAGGGAGCCUCAACUUAUUUAAAAUCCUUUUUCCCCCAAGCACUGCACAGACGUAAAACUGUGCACUUGGUUACAGCUGAGCGGCGUGAGUACCUGGCAGUACAUAACAUAGAAGUAAAAGUGUAGCAAGUCAACAUUACAGACAAAGCAAUUUCCUAAAUGUAAAGAAAACCAAGUUAUUGACGUACUCCAGAUUCCUGGAAUGUUAUUUGCAUCCUCUAGAGACAGUGUAGACGAUGGCGCCCAAAUUGUGGCACAAGAUUGCAAUCCAUUCUCAGUGAUGCCCAUUCAAAAUAGCCCCCCACUGCUGCAAAGGGGGUGGCUCUUCUGUGAGGCACAGUUGAAGGCACUUAAGAAAGCAUCAUUGCUUUUCUGCGGCAUCAUGCCCAGAAGUCAGAUAUACUGGGUUGACAACCCAAUUUGUGUGACCCUCCCCAUAAGCAAGGGAGGCGCACUGAACGUUGGGGAAACGUUCCGUUGCAUUUCAGCACUACAGCCUAUGUUAGAUUGUAGUUUACUGCAAAUGUUGGUUUUAACUUCUUCCUCUUUUCUUUUCUUUUUUUUAAUUUACUUGUCCAGCGAAUUGCACUUGAAUCUUGCCUCUAUCUGAUGCGGUCAUUUUCAAUGCCAAAGUUUUACAAUUAAAAAGAAAUAUUUCUUUUUA